AAGGAAACCGACUAAACUGCUAACAUUGAUUGGUAGCUAGCUCGGGGUUCUCUAAAAGACAAUUUCAAAUAGCUGCGUUUCAGGACUUUGCCAGUCCCACACAGCUGCUACCAUGGGGGUAGCGCUGACCAGAGCAGCGCAAUGGACCACAGCAAGUUCUGGGACUGGAAAACUGGAGAUCACUCCAGCCAACGAGUCUCUGCUGAAAGAGAUCCUGGAGUUUGUGGAACAGUUCAGCUCCAGACACCCUCAGGAGGCCAAGCAUGUGUUCAAGGUGCCGUUGCAGUGGACCACCUCUUUGCAGGCUUCUGAUUUCAAAACAGAGUAUGACAUAAGUGGCCCGGCUGUAAAGUCACAGGAAACAGACAGGGAUGGGCAUCCUAUGUUGCAGCUCACCCCUCCGACCAUUUCUGUGCACAGCUUCAGUCAGCUGUCCAAAAUAGUGCAGCUGGCAACGGAUAAGAAGCUCAAGGAGGUCCGAGCUUGCCUGGAAGCCAACAGAGACCCUGUUGCGAAGAUGCUGGGACCUAGCUUCGCCACAGUGGAGGGGGAGGACAGCUCUGUGCUGCGUCUCCUGGAGGAGGUAAAGGAGGGGGACCAGGCCAAGGAGACUGAGAUCAAAGUGAAGCUGAUCAUCCUACUGCAGCAGCUGGACACUCAGCUCCUCAGCAACUCCCUCAAGCAGAUCUCCCAGGAGGUUAGGCUCAGUCCUGCCGCAGUGAAGAAUGAUGUUGAGCUGCUGAAAAGCUUCUGCAGUGAAGGGGAGAAAAGGGUGUUGACGUCUGUUCAAUACACAUCAGAUUAUGAGUUCACCAAUGGCUGUCGAACUCCUCCUUGGAGGCAGGUGCAUGGUGAGAUCUGCUACCUAGUGAUAAAGCCGUGUGACACUCAGCCCCUGCACAUCACCUGCAGCACAGCUGGAGUCUUUCUCAACGGGGGCAUAAGGCAGGAGGGUGAGGAAAAUGCCUAUGACAGAACAAGCGAUGUCUACAGAGACCUGGUAACCCUUCUGAAAAGCAAGUCUCCCCAUUUUGCAGAGAACAUAAAUAAACAGGAUUUUGCCGUUCAAGAAGAACCUCCAACACAAAAGGUCCAACAUGUGGAAUUGGUUGAUGCAGAGGAACAAGGCCAACCCCAGAGGUCUUACGAGCAUCAGGAAAAGAAUGUGCAUGAGAAGGCGAGACAACAGCUUGUGCAAAACAAGCCAGGCGGCAAAAAGAAAUUAGAACCAUCUUUGAAAUGGAAGAACCUCGGUCUCGCGUCUCCCUAUGAUGAUGCAGAUGACAAGAAAUCGAAAAAGAAUGCAGUGAGUGAAAAGUUUUCCGAGGCACGGGAGAAGAUGCAGAAGAAAGCCGAUGUCUCUGUGUCCUCCUUACCUGGUCGGCAGUCGUCUAAUAAAACUAAGACCCCGGGAGGAGCUGGUGGCGCCGAUGACUUCAGUGAGAGUUCAUCGGAGAGUGAGGAGGAUGAGGAGCAGCCAGAGCGCCGCACGGAGAGUAACACAGACCUGCCCUCAGAGUACUGGCAGAUCCAGAAACUGGUCAAGUACCUCAAGGGAGGCAACCAGACGGCCACUGUGAUUGCUCUGUGCUCCAUGAGGGACUUUAAUUUAGCCCAGGAGACGUGCCAACUGGCCAUCCGGGAUGUAGGUGGCCUUGAAGUCCUCAUUAACUUGCUGGAUACAGAAGAAAUCAAAUGCAAAAUUGGCUCUCUGAAGAUUCUGAAGGAGAUCAGCCGUAACUCUCAGAUCCGCCGGGCCAUCGCUGACCUGGGGGGCCUGCAGACCAUGGUGAAGAUCUUGGACUCCCCAGACAAGGACCUAAAAUACCUUGCCGCAGAGACCAUCGCCAACGUGGCCAAGUUCAGACGGGCCAGAAGGACAGUCAGACAGCACGGAGGGAUCAAGAGACUGGUAGAGUUACUAGACUGCGUGCCUGACUCGGCGGCCCUGACAGAGGAGCAGGAGAAGGACGUGGAGGUGGCUCGCUGCGGGGCCCUGGCCCUCUGGAGCUGCAGUAAGAGCACCAGGAACAAAGAGGCCAUCCGCAAGGCCGGGGGCAUCCCUCUUCUGGCUCGCUUGCUCAAGUCUCCCCACGAGAACAUGCUGAUCCCUGUCGUGGGAACCCUGCAGGAGUGUGCCUCCGAGAGAAGUUACAGGAUUGCCAUCCAGACGGAGGGUAUGAUCGAGGACUUGGUGAAAAACCUCAACUGUGACAACCACGAGCUACAGAUGCACUGUGCCAGUGCCAUCUUCAAGUGUGCAGAAGACAAGCGUACCCGUGACCUGGUGCGUCAGUGCGAGGGCCUGCAGCCCCUGGUGACUCUGCUGAGCCAGGCAGACAACAAGCAGCUCCUGGCUGCCACCACUGGGGCCAUCUGGAAGUGCUCCAUCAGCAUGGAGAACGUGGCUAAGUUCCAGGAUUACAAGGCCUUGGAGACCCUGGUGGGUCUGCUGACAGACCAACCUGAGGAGGUGCUGGUGAACGUGGUCGGUGCGCUGGGCGAGGGGGCCCAGAAACCUGCUAACAGGGCCACCAUCAGGAAGUGUGGAGGCAUCCAGCCCCUGGUCAACCUGCUGACGGGAACCAACCAGGCCCUGCUGGUCAACGUCACCAAGGCUGUGGGAGCCUGCGCCACCGAGCUUGAGAAUAUGACGAUCAUUGACCGUCUGGAUGGAGUGCGUCUGCUCUGGUCCUUGUUGAAAAACCCAAACCCAGAUGUCCAGGCCAGUGCUGCAUGGGCCAUUUGUCCAUGCAUUGAAAAUGCAAAGGAUUCAGGGGAAAUGGUGCGCUCAUUUGUCGGUGGAUUGGAACUGAUUGUUAAUUUGCUGAAAUCAACAAACAAAGAGGUACUGGCGAGCGUGUGUGCCGCCAUAGCCAAAAUAGCCAAAGACGAAGAGAAUCUGGCAGUCAUCACUGACCACGGGGUUGUACCGAUGCUGGCCAAGCUGACAAACACAACUGAUGAUAAGCUGCGUCGUCACCUGGCUGAGGCCAUUGCCCGUUGCUGCAUGUGGGGCAGUAACAGGGUGUUGUUUGGGGAGGCGGGGGCCGUGGCCCCCCUCGUCCGUUACCUGAAAUCCAAGGACACCUCAGUCCACCAGGCCACAGCUCAGGCCCUUUUCCAGCUCUCCAAGGACCCCAACAACUGCAUCACCAUGCACGACAACGGAGUGGUCAAGCUCCUGUUGGGUAUGAUGGGCUCCACUGACGAGGUCCUUCAGGAAGCUGCCGCUGGCUGUGUGGCUAACAUCCGCCGCCUGGCCCUGGCCAAUGAAAAGGCACGGUACGGUUAAACAACCACCAUGAACCCUCCCCCCCAGAUGCUACUAUGACCUCAUCAUCACUUUCUGGGUUACAAUUGGAUGUCAUGGUUCCAGAUCUACUCCAGUAGCCUUCCAUCCACAGAGACUCAUCUCACUAUCCAUCUAUCCUUCCCACCCAUCCCACAGAAUAUAAGAGUGAUUCCUUCUGCCUCCAUCUGUAAUAGCAGGAAGCGUUUAUUCUAUCCUACCCAUGAAUUUGGAUGAUUAUUUCAUUUGGAUUUCAUACAAACAUACUGUAUAGGAAAACUAUGUCUCCUCUCAAUUUGAUAAUAGCAAUAAAUGCUUUCUUUCUCCUGUUUUGUGCCCAUGCCAGAUACCCCACCACUGUUCCUGAGAGUGAAGCAGUUUAGAGCAUGUACUGUGCAGUCACAUUCCUUACGCAAUCCACACGAGACACUGAUAUCUAAACAAGACCACAUCUGGCUGUGUUACUCACUUCAACACAAGCACCUUAAAACUGUAAAUAUGUCUGCGAAACACAGACACAACCUCCAAUGAGCCCUUGAGAGAUAUUGGAAACAAUGCAUUGUUGUGUCAGUAUAUUAUAUGAGCUGAGCUUAUUUGCUCAACAGUGGGUCUGUCUGUAUGCAACUCAAGAUACUCAGAAAUUCAAUCAACAUUGACAUAAACGGGCAAAAUACAGAGAUAACAUUGCAUAAUGCAGUAGAAGGUCCCUCCUGCACUAAAAAUACGAAUCUAAACGUGUAAUUGGUACACACAGUUUCCUAUUAAUCACAAUUACUUAAUGUAUUUUCCUGUUGCAUUAUGGGUAGGCAUAGUCAUAAGUAAUUGGGAAAAUGUAUGUAUAUACAGUACCAGUCAAAAGUUUGGACAUACCUACUCAUUCAAAGGUUUUUCUUUAUUUUUACUAUUUUCUACAUUGUUGAAUAAUUGUGAAGACGUCAAAACUAUGAAAUAACACAUAUGGAAUCAUGUAGUAACCAAAAAAGUGUUAAACAAAUCAAAAUAUAUUUUAUGUAGCCACUAGCCACCCUUUGCCUCGAUGACAGCUUUGCACACUCUUGGCAUUCUCUCAACCAGCUUCAUGAGGUAGUCACCUGGAAUGCUUUUCCAACAGUCUUGAAGAAGUUCCUACAUUUUGCUGAGCACUUGUUUGCUUUUCCUUCAUUCUGCGGUCCAACUCAUCCCAAACCAUCUCAAGUUGUUCUAGACCUCAGCUGAAUCUGGUAAUGAAUGGUGUGGCUGUUGAACAAGUUUAGGUGACUAAAUUACUUGCUAUUACUUUAGAUUGUAAACUGUCAUGGUCAAAACAUAUAGAUUCAAUGGUUGUAAAGAUGAGGAGAGGUCUGUCCGUAAUAAAGAGAUGCUCUGCGUUUUCGACACCACACUCCAAAAAGCAAGUCCUGCAGGCUCUAGUUUUGUCUAAUCUUGAUUAUUGUCUGGUCGUGUGGUCCAGUGCUGCAGAGAAAGACCUAGUUAAGCUGCAGCUGGCCCAGAACAGAGCAGUACGUUUAGCUCUUAAUUGUAAUCAGAGGGCUGAUAUAAAUACUAUGCAUGCCAGUCUCUCUGGGCUAAGAGUUGAGGAGAGACUGACUGCAUCACGUCUUCUCUUUAUAAGAAACAUUCAUGUGUUGAAAAUCCCAAAUUGUUUGCAUAGUCAACUUACACACAGCUCUGACACACACACUUAUCCCACCAGACAUGUCUUUUCACAGUCCCCAAAUCCAGAACAAAUUCAAGAAAGCGUACAGUAUUAUAUAGAGCCCUUAUUGCAUGGAACUUCCUUCCAUCUCAUAUUGCUCAAAUAAACAGCAAACCUGGUUUCAAAAAACAGAUAAAGCAACACCUCUCCCCUAUUGGACCUAGAUAGUUUAUAUGUAGGGCUGUUCUUGUCUUGAUGUUCUGUAUUAUGUGUCAUGUUUUGUGUGGACCCCAGGAAGAGUAUCUGCUGCUUUUGCAACAGCUAAUGGGGAUCCUAAUAAAAUACCAAAAUUGGGUUGAGGUCAGGUGAUCUCCUUCUUCGUCAAAUUGCACUUACACAGCCUGGAAGUGUGUUUUGGGUCAUUGUCCUGUUGAAAAACAAAUGAGAGUCCCACUAAGCCCAAACCAGAUGGGAUGGCGUAUCACUGCAGAAUGCUGUGGUAGCCAUGGUGGUUAAGUGUGCCUUGAAUUCUAAAUAAAUCACAGACAGUGUCACCAGCAAAGCACCUCCAUGCUUCAUGGUGGUAACCACACAUAUGGAUGGAGAUCAUCCUUUCACCUACUCUGCGUCCAAAAAUCUUCAAUUUGGACUCCAGACCAAAGGACAAAUUUCCACCGGUCUAAUCCUCUGCAGCAGAGGCAACUCUAGGACUUCCAUUCCUGUAGCGGUCCUCAUGAGAGCCAGUUUCAUCAUAGCGCUUGAUGGUUUUUGCAACUGCACUUGAAGAAACUUUGAAAGUUCUUGACAUUUUCUGUAUUGACUGACCUUCAUGUCUUAAAGUAAUGAUGGCCUGUCAUUUCUCUUUGCUUAUUUGAGCUGUCCUUGCCAUAUAAUGGACUUGUUCUUUUACCAAAUAGGGCUAUCUUCUGUAUACCCCCCUUACCUUGUCACAACACAACUGAUUGGCUUAAACUUUUAACAAGACACGCCUGUUAAUUGAAAUGCAUUCCAGGUUACUACCUCAUGAAGCUGGUUGAGAGAAUGCCAAGAGUGUGCAAAGCUGUCAUCAAGGCAAAGGGUGGAUAUUUGAAGAAUCUCAUAUAUAAAAUAGAUUUUGAUUUGUUUAACAAUUGUUUGGUUACUACAUGAUUCCAUAUGUGGUAUUUCAUAGUUUUGAUGUCUUCACUAUUAUUCUACAAUGUAUAAAAUAGUUCAAAUAAAGAAAAACCCUUGAAUGAGUAGGUGUUCUAACUUUUGACCGGUAGUGUAUAUACACAUCUCAGAACCAAAACCCUAGUGUGGCGUCUGCUCGACAAUACCCUUUAAAUGACUCAUAAACAACUGGAUUGUUUUCUUCCAUUAAAGACAAUAACUGCUCUGCUGCUUUUUCAUACAAAUAAUGACAUGAACUUAAAAAAGAGAGAAUAGAUUGCUUUUUAUUGAAGAGAAUACAAAACAUAACAAAAGAGAGGGGAUUGGAUGAGAAUGGAUUUCUGCUUAAGCUCAGACAUCCCUACCACUGUAGUCGGAAACUUGAUGAGUGAGUGUGACCUCCUUUACCUCCUCCGUCUUGUGUCCUUAGAAAAAACAAACAUUUCAGUUUUCAUUGUUUCACCCUGCAACCUGGACUCAGAGGUAGACGUAGUAUAGUAAACAAAAAUCUGGGACACUCAAAUUUGUAUGAUAUGUACAGUCAAAUUUCCUGCCAGUUCUUCUCUACGGUGACACCAUUUAUGGGAAUGCAUCAGCCACUACUCUUAAACCUUUGGAUUCCUUGGUGCCACUAGGGCAGUUUAAAACCCUGAUGAUAAAUGAGUCCACUGAGGUGUGCAAUUGUUUUGAUUGAUUGACUUUAAAAAUGUGUUUAUGAUGCCUGUAAUGUACUUGUUAUUUUAUCUUGUAGUUGUACCUUUUAUUUCAUGUCCCCAGGGCACCAUUGAAAAUGAGACCCUGUUCUCAAUUGGGCUCCCCUGAGUCUAAGCCAUUACUGCUAUUAGCCCAUAAAAACACAUUAAAUAACAGAUUCAUACUGUACAUGGAAAAACAGUCAGAAAAUAAAUAAAAUGACCUCUUUAAAAAAUA